GAAACCCGAAUAGCUCCUGAGGCUGAACUGCUGAAGCCUCACAAGACUCCGUAAGGCAUUUGUCCUUAGCAGAUCCCAACAGAACUUUGCCUGCCUAUCUAAUAGCAACCCGCCUUGUUUAACCCAGACUCAUAUACCUAAAGCGCAACCAGCUGACGCGACGGAGUAGAUUCCGUCUCCCCUGGGCUAUGAUCUAUCCUGGCGGCUUGCUGGGGGAUGAUGUGCUACCCCGAAGCAUCAGUUAUUGGACCCCCAGAGCUGCCCUGCGUGCAUGCGUUCGGCAAAGACACUUAUUUUUGCUGCCAACCGGAACUUGUCUCGGAGGAGAGGGGUCGGGGACCAAACACCUUGGAAUGUUGGCCGACGAUAGAGCGCGUGGGCGAGCGAGCGAGCUAAGCGUUGGUCGCACAAGCCAAGAUGUCGCAAGCUUUUGCGGCGGCAUGGGUGGGAUGUUUGGUUAUGUUGUGGCUUAUUCUUUCUUCCGGGAGUGUAGUGUAUCUUUCGAAACGCCUCAGCAUGGCGCAUGUUCGGGCUGGGAGUUGGGUAUCGUUCAACCGUUCAGCCCAUGUGUGCCCCGGGGCCCGGGUUUUCAAGGCAAGGAGUUCCAUGUCUUGUUGCCUCUUUUCAUGCGUAGAUAUAUGUCUACAUGAAGCCCCGGAGCAAAAGUUUGCAAUACCGAAGGCUUCGUUGUCUGUGUCUAUCGGCGCGGGGGCAGCAAGAAAAAACCUAAUUCUUCCACAAUUAAGGCUCACUCUCCAGUCGGAAGAGACCAUCCAUCCACAU